GAUAAUUGCAAAUACAAUUGCGUGACACAUUGUAUGGAUAAUGGAGUAUAUUGAUGUUAAUGUGUACGUUGCUUGGCCAGUGUCCUUGGGAUCCAUGCCUAUACCUUUGAUUUCAUCUUGAAGUUACACCUUUGGAUCGCCAUGGAUAGUAUAUUGGAUACCAUUCGUCAAGUGAAGGAUGUUGUUGGUUUGUCUACGGACCAUCCUGCUGAGGAUAAAACUGAACACACAGAGUCACCAAAAGAACGGCAACUUCAGCAUGAUCCGUAUAUGUCCCUUGUUAAUGUAGAGGACCAUAUAGUUCCCCUAUGGGAGCGUGAUAUAGACCUCGGUGCGGCUGUAGACAAACGUCCAGCUGCGGUAGAUCUGGAAUAUAGAUAUAGCUUGGAACAAUUUAUUCAGCAAUCUUCUAUUGCUAGUGACUAUAGCGAAUCGUCGUAUGCUGAUGACUUCAGUCGUUUAUCUGAAUCGGACAUUGAAGAGAAUGAGAUUCGCGGUGUUUACUUGAGUGGGUUGCAGAGUGCUCGAGUUCGUCCUGGUAUUCUCGAGCCUGAGGCUCAUCCAAUUUACGUUGAAGGGCUUGCGAUACACGGUGGCAAGCUUCAGUGUAUAGACAUGUCGCCAUAUCGUGAUCAGUUUGGUAUUUUGGAUUACGAGUGGUUCAUUGGUAUCCAUUAUAGUUGUGCUGAUCGUUAUGACCCUUUACGUGUGGGCAACGGCAGUGUUUUGACUGUUCCUUUAUCGGCGAUUGGCAAGUAUAUAUUUUGUCGUGCUCAUCGUCGUAUUGAGCAUCAGGCUGUUGAGGAGUUGAAUGCUCCUGAGGUUGGUGUUUACGACCCUCACGUAUCAGGUUCACUUAAUGCUGGAUACCUUCCACACGACCAAUUUUACGAUAUUUCAAGUUGGUGCGUGAUAGGUCCCGUUAACAUAUGUGACGAGUGGUCUCUUGAGAUAAUGCACGGUUUAUCUGAGGGUACUUACACUAUCGAGGCCUCUUUAUUUUAUGUUGACGACUUGUUUAGGUCACCUUCCUUGAGUGACACAGGCUCCUCGCUGGGUCAUGUAAGAUUACAGCUAUCUUAUGACAACCUGAGCAUAUCGGACCAUGGUAGUAAUGACGGCUCUUGUACGGUGUCUAAUAUGCGGAAAUUAUACAAUUCUCGUGUAUUUAGUGGCGAGGGAUCAGUUGCUACAUUGGAUUAUACUGAUUUUGAGGUGGAGAUAUCAACUUCAUCUAAUGAAUGGCUUAUUCUGAGCAUCCACAACACUCCUCCAUUGCUCUAUUAUGUCUAUGUUAAGUUUAAAGACCAAUUCCAGUGUGCUUUUGUAUUAUAUAUGAUCUCUAGCUUCAAGUACCAAAGGACGCUUGGAUUAGACUGUUCGCACUGGAAAUCGAAGUUUCUGAACUGUGAUGUGUCGGUACUUCAUGAUUUCUUUCGUGAUUCGGUUUUCAAGUGACUGUAUUUGCGCGGGUAUGCAUUGAGGUGCUUGUGAUAGACAUCACGAUUUGG